AAACAACUGAGUCUAUAUUUUUGUUCAUAUUUGUGUGGCUAACGUUGGAUUUUCUUGGUAAUAUUAUCAAACAUGGUUUUCUUCGAACCGUGAAAGGAGGGAAAUGCGGAUUGCGGCUACACCACCACCCUGCUUCAGCUUCACUUCUCUUUAUCACACUCUCUCUUGUUUCUUCUUCUCUAUCCAAAAACAAAACUUGUCUCUUGGGUCGGUGCCAAACUAGCACCAAACCGUCAACGUUUCUUGUGGGGAGUUGCUUGCUUCAUAGAGAGAUAGAUAGAGAGAGUGCUCUCUCAAAACUUUCAUAUUUUAUUUUAUUUGCUGGGAUUUCAGACACUAUCCUAAGUUGAAUAUCAUUUUUUUCUUCUUCUUUCUUUGUUCUGUUUCUGUUCUUUCUCUCUUUCUCUCUCCAGUCUAUGCUGUGUAGACUGUAGUCUAGCUUCUUCCUUUUUUUUCUUUUUCCAUUUCUGUUUUCGGAAAGGUUUGUCCUUAGAUCCCAGAAACCUUCCAACCUAUGAAAAAACCAAGAUCUAUGGCCCAUAACAAAACCUUAUUAGGUUUCUUAAACUUUUAAGCAAAAGAUGAUGAAAGGUUUGAUGUUUCACCAACAACAACAGCAACAACAACCAGUAGUGGAGGAGAACAUGUCAAAUUUGACUUGUGCAUCCGGUGAAGCUAGUGUUUCAUCAGGCAACAACAGAACCGAAAUUGGUACAAGUUACCCUCAACAAUAUAACUUGGCUCCACCUGAACCAACUCAGACUCAACCAGUAAAGAGAAAGAGAAACCUUCCUGGCAACCCAGACCCUGAUGCUGAGGUCAUAUCCAUGUCCCCAAAGAGUCUUAUGGCAACUAAUAGGUUUUUGUGUGAGAUCUGUAACAAAGGGUUUCAAAGAGAUCAGAAUCUUCAACUUCAUAGAAGAGGGCAUAACUUGCCAUGGAAGCUGAAGCAGAGAACAAGUAAAGAGGUGAGGAAGAAGGUGUAUGUGUGUCCAGAAACAACUUGUGUGCACCAUGACCCAUCAAGGGCCCUGGGGGAUCUAACUGGGAUCAAGAAGCACUUCUGCAGAAAGCACGGUGAGAAGAAGUGGAAAUGUGAUAAGUGCUCAAAGAGGUAUGCGGUUCAAUCAGAUUGGAAAGCUCACUCCAAGACCUGUGGCACAAGGGAGUACAGAUGUGACUGUGGAACCCUCUUCUCAAGGAGAGACAGUUUCAUAACCCACAGAGCUUUCUGUGAUGCAUUAGCAGAGGAAAGUGCAAGAGCCAUCACAAGCACAACCAACCCUUCAUCCUCUCAUCACAUAAAUCUCCAAACCCAAACCCAAACCCAAUUCAAUCCCCAAGACCUUCACACUUUCUCAUUGAAAAAAGAGCAACACCAGCAUCAGCAUCAUCAGCAGCAGCAAAAUUUCAAUCUUAGGCCAGAAAUACCCCCAUGGCUUGGCCCACCUACAAGUGCUGAUCUCUCCUCAACCUCAUCAAUCUUCUCACAAAGAUUGGACCAAGAAUUUUCACAAACCCAUCACCGAGAAAACCCUAACCCUAGCCUUGGUCCCACUCUUCCAGCUGCUACUUACCAAACAACUCAUUCCCCACACAUGUCAGCUACAGCAUUGUUGCAGAAAGCCGCUCAGAUGGGUGCAACCAUGAGCAGCAGAACUGGUUCCUCACCAACCAUGCUCAGGCCCCACCAACAGACUCACGUGUCAGCUGAUUCUUGUUUGAACUUGUCCUCACGUGACCAACAAGACCAGAUGACACCAUGUUCUACAACUACUACUGCUACCGCUACAGGUUUUGGCCAUUGCUUAACACCUUAUGGGAAUAAAGCUGUUGCUGUCUCUUCUUCUGCUUCUGGUGUUCAUCCUUCCCUUCUUCAUGAUGUUCUCAACUCUUUCUCUUCUUCUCCUUCUGCCUUUGAAGGAACAACUUUUGAUGACACAUUUGGUGGCAUUCUUAAUUCCAAGAAUGAUGAGAACUUGCAUGAUCACACCCUUUCAAAAACAACCACCGCCACCUAUCUUGCUGAUGACGGUGGCAGUGGCGGUGGCGGUGGUGGAAACGAAGGCUUGACCAGAGAUUUCUUGGGUCUUAGGCCCCUCUCUCAUAGUGAUAUUCUCAGCAUUGCUGGCAUUGGAAACUGCAUGAAUGAUCAACAAAACCAAUCUCAAAAGCCAUGGCAAGGUUAGCUCCAUAUAUACAUAUAUAUAUGGAUUUUCUUUUUCUUUUUCUUUUUCUUUUAGUAAUCUAUAUAAUUUUUAAUUUUCCCACCUUUUUUUAGUUUAAUUUUUGUUUAUGAUCUUGUCAAUCUUCCCAAAGGGAAGGGACCUUUCGGAAUA